GUCUCCGACCUACCGGGCAAAGAGAGAGGGAGGCAGAGAGAGGUAGGGACAGAGAGCGCGCGAGAGAGAGAGCAUGGCUGAAGGGAGGUGGUUACCGUGGAAGGAACAGAAGAUGGACAUUCGCCCGACGCCGGACUACAAGGAGUUAGCCAAGCCACUGAAGCCUCCUCCUCACGGAUUGGAGUGGAGAAAGCUGGACGAUGGCACUUGGGAACUCAGGACAAAAAGGGUCAGGAAGGCAGAGCCGUCUCGACAAGAGCAAGAUGAAGGCGGUGCUACGAAAGAACAGGGAGAGGAAGAAGGCGUACACGAAGAUCCUGCCCCCGAGUUCCUCGAGCACGUGGUUUUACCCGAUGAUACCCUCGUCGGCAUCUGCCUCAAGUAUAAGGUGAAGGAUCGCGAGCUGCGGAGGCUAAACGGGUUCGUGGGGGAUCACUUCCGGAUGUGCGAUGUCCUCAUCGUUCCGAACAGAUUUUCUCCUGGACAACAGCCGAUCCAAGGAGCCUCCGGCAAAGAGCCCAUCUCUAGAAAUGACACGAUGCAGUUGUUUCGCAAGGAUUCCCAGCUUGGUGCCGAGGAAUCGAGGUUCUACCUCGAGAGCAACGGGUGGGAGCUGUCCAAGGCCUUGGCUCAGUGGCGCGCGGAAAAUCGCUGGGAGGCCGAACAGGGGGCAGGGGUCAACUCCAUCAAGCCCACAUACACCGCCAGGCGGCAUACCAAGCACCAAGAGGAAGGCCAAUUUCCUGCCGUUUCGGGUACGAGGAGGCCGAACUCCCGGGAACGCGGAAACAUCGAGAUGCGAACCCGAGGCGACGAGGCGCGUGUCCCGCUCCUGUCGGAGCCUUACGCCCCCGCACUUGGUGCCACCCUUCUUUAACCGCCGAGACGGGGGCUGGCAACUGCAACGGCGGGAUGAUGCUGUGUUGUUGGGGGUGAGUAGUUCCGGCGAGCAUAAUAGUUUCAGACGCGGCCGCUCGCAGUUUCCUUUCCGAGCUCCAUCUUACGCGGGCCCUGUCUGCCGUUACCGGUUUCGAGAGCACGUGUGUGGAAGGGGCUACAUCAUAUGGCAUGAUUUUGACCUCACCGGCGGGGCCCGGCACGGAAGGUAACGUUCUCCUCUCUUCCCUGGAACGAGAUGGUGGAGCAUGGACACAGCAUGAGAGCCGGAGAUGAGCCUGGGGUAUAUAUCUGAUGGAUUAUUUUCGGGCGCGCUUCUUUCGAGGAGUCGCCGCCCCCAUCGUAGCGGCUACGCGGUAUCAUGGGGCGUUCGGCGGUAUCGAAAUUGGAGGUGGCAGUGGCUGUGGAAACGGUCGCAACUUCACGUUUGAUUGACGGACGCCGUCCUUGUAUGGCUUGAGAUAUGCGUCGGUUCGUGUGGUUUGUCCAAGGACAAUAAUCGUAGCUCGGAUAUCGUUGGAGGAGCUCGACAAGGGUUUAUUGGCAAUUUGUUGUUCUCCAUGAUUAUGUUGAUGUACUAUCUUCCCACAGCAACGCGAUGUUCAUGUGUUGCGUUGAUUUGUACGUUUUGCUCUCGGUCGUGGGACGAUACUUGGUUCAAAGUUUGAUUUUCGGUUUCAUUUUAUCUGAUCUCGUUAUAUAGUCUACCUUGCCUUAUUAGAUGGCGAACUAUGUUUGGAUUGGAGCUCGCAGCAGUUUUUUCUUCAUCAUGGCCUCCGGAGAGCGAACAUAUUUUGCUACCCGGAUUGGUCGGGUGAGAAUUGGCCAAUCACCUCCUUUCGAGACCCCGGCGUUUGCCAUCGGGGUUG